UGACCUACAAGUGAAGGCGCCUUUAUUGGUCGGUUGCGAUGUGCGAUCAAUGAACAAAGAAACAUACUACAUACUCAAUAAUAGAGAAGUUAUAGCAGUGAAUCAUGAUAGCCUUGGAGUCCAAGGAAAGAAGGUUAAGAAAAAUGGUGAUUUGGAGGUCUGGGCUAGCCCACUUGCACAUAACAAAGUUGCUGUGAUUCUAUGGAAUAGAGGAAGCUCAACAGCCGAAAUUACAACAUAUUGGUCCGACAUAGGACUCAACUCGACCACAGUCGUUAAAGCUCGUGACUUGUGGGCAUACAAGACUCAAAGAUCAGUGAAGGUACAGAUCUCGGCAACUGUAGAAUCUCACGCUUGUAGUACGUUCUUACUCCGCGAUAAGGAGUUUAGAGUACAUGGCCAGUUAACUGCAGAUUGUAUUAUGUGUUAUGACACGUUUGUCGUAAGAAUAAGAUUUGCGAAGGCAAAGCCAAAAUAAAGCUAAUAAACAAAGAUGUGUUCUCUUUUUGAGUUUUUU